CUUUGUCAUGUGAUUAUUCUGUCUGUGUGUCGAAGGAAGAAAAAUUAUUGGGUUUUGGGUAAUAUCGACUUGCAGACAAAAUGUUGGCCUUCUUUCAGAGAAUUUUAGAUUGGAUCAAAAGUUUAUUUUGGAAAGAGGAAAUGGAGUUGACGUUGGUUGGUCUACAGUAUUCAGGAAAAACAACUUUCGUUAACGUUAUAGCCUCAGGGCAAUUCAGUGAAGACAUGAUUCCCACUGUAGGUUUCAACAUGAGGAAGAUUACAAAAGGAAAUGUUACAAUAAAGCUGUGGGAUAUUGGAGGACAACCGAGAUUUAGGACUAUGUGGGAGAGAUACUGCCGAGGGGUCAAUGCUAUUGUCUAUAUGGUAGAUGCUGCAGACCAUGACAAAGUAGAACCCUCAAAGAAUGAACUUCAUCAUCUUUUGGACAAACCCCAGCUACAGGGUAUUCCAGUUCUAGUGCUCGGCAAUAAAAGAGAUUUACCAGGGGCUCUAGAUGAAAAGGAAUUAAUAGAGAGGAUGAAUUUAUCAGCCAUUCAAGACCGAGAAAUAUGUUGUUAUUCUAUAUCUUGUAAAGAAAAAGAAAAUAUUGAUAUUACUCUUCAGUGGCUAAUACAACAUUCUAAAUCUGGACGAUAAGCUGAAUUUUUCAAACAGGACUUAAGUUAUUUCCAUAGAACCAAUGCAUUAUGGACAGCAGUUUCACCGUACCUUAUUACAGUUAGAAAACAGGGUUACAUCCCUUUGCCCAAGUUCAACUUUUAUGUUGAUAUGUGUAAUAAUUUCUAUUGUGGGUAUUUAGCACUGUUUAAGAUAUAUUAUAUGAAAAAAAAAAUAGAUGUUGUGUAUUAUUUGAAACAUUUGUCUGAACAAGCAUUUUUACUCUGAAUACAUAUGAUAUUCAGAAAUGUCUUUAAAAUAUAAACCUGUACAAAUGUACACUGUAAUUGCUUUAUACAUAUUUGAAUGCAAAACAUAGCUGUGUGUGUGUGAGGACAUUUGAUUUCAUUUUGUAAAGAUAGUAAGUGGAUGAUGGUUGUUUGUUUAGAGAAUUAAUUGUAUGAAGAGUGUGGGUAAAUGUGUACAAGGUCUGUUACUGUCUGGAGCAUUAACAUUACAAGUUAUUGAUGUGGCCCUGGGAAAUGCACAGUGUACUUUAUUUUCCAGUGUAUCAUUCCAAAGGAACAGUGUUGUUCUAAUUCUCAGUGUAUUUUGUCUGGGUGUAAGAUGUAUUUUUCAUAACAAAAAGAAUGAUACAUUCAUUUAGUUCACACAACUGCUCUUUGCUACUGAGAAAUGCAUGGCUAGGUUAUGUGCUAAAACUAGACACAUUAGUAGGUGUUUCAGGAUGAAACUCAUUCAAAUAUAAAUGUGCAAUAGGAAGAAAGUGAUAGUGGCAUUGACAUGUGUAGUUAGUGAUGCUGACAAAGAUGUGGAGAUUUUGUUUACUGAAUGUAGUACUUUUCAUUUUUUUUUUAAAGUUUUUAAAAUUGUAUUUAUUGUAUGCCUUUGUCAGUCAUGAAUGAUUCUUACAAACUUUUCUGUCAGGAUGAAUACUUGAAUGCUGUAUUAAUGGAGAAGAAUUUUAUAAAGAUUUGAUUGAGAUAUGCAAAUCAUCCACUUAAACAUUGGUUGUAUAUUUUGAAGAAGAGCAUAAUUAUAUAUACAUUUUCUCUGAUAAACAAAACAAAAACUUCUUAUUUUUCUCCUCUCUUUUCUAUAUAUUUAUUUGUACAACUUUUGACACUUGCAGUAGAUUUUCAAAGCACUAGCUAUUGUACUCUUAUGAAGCUUAUCAAAUUCAUUAAUGUAUUGUCUUUAUAUGAUUAUCAAUCCUUGAACUUUGAAAUCAAUGAAACCUGACUCUAAAAUAUUAAAAGAUAAUUUAUCAGAUGACAUGAGUUUAUAACAAGAUGAUUUGUGGAACUGUUUAAAUGUCAUCCUAUUUUCAAAGUAACCAGUGAUACAAAAUGGUAUCUGAUGGGAACAAUAGUGUGCCCGGUCACUUUUCCCUCUCGUCAUACAAACUGGCAGUGAUUCAUCAGCGUAUGUUUUGUUUUGUUAAUGUGUGAAACAUUGAUAUAUUUCUAUGUUAUUUAAUAAUAAUAAAACUUAUCAGUAUAUUA